AUGGAAAAGAAUGAACAUGAAGAGCAGGAAGAGGCCACGCAUGUCGAGGGCUCUGCCCUGGUCCCUGAGCCGACACAAGAUCCCAAUGAUCCACUGAAUUGGACAAAAUCCGAAAAGUACUUGACCUGCCUGACCGUAUGUUUCUUUACGUUCCUUUCAACCUUCAACUCUAGCAAUUUAGUCGUCGCGGUCGUCGAGAUAAGCAAUGAGUUCCGUGUGACACCAACACGAGCCGGCUACAUAGUGUGCUUCAAUCUCCUGCUCAUGGGCAUGGGAAAUCUACUCUGGGUUCCGCUAUCGCGCAUCAUCGGCAAACGGCCCGUCUAUUUACUUGCACUUCUCCUCUUGACAGGAUGCAAUAUCUGGACGUACGAAGCAUCUACAUACGGAAGUCUUCUCGCAUCGCGUAUCAUAUCCGGCCUUGCGGCCGCUGCAGCCGACGCGACAGUUCCGUCUCUGAUCGCGGACCUUUUCUUCGUCCACGAACGUGGUCACUGUAUGAUGAUCUUCCAUUUUGCGCUCAGCACCGGGUUCUUUGUUGGUCCGCUCAUGUGCGCCUAUAUCACCCAAGAAGCUGGUUGGCGCUGGACGUCGGGGUUUUUGGCCAUUGCGAGCGGCUCGACAUUCCUCAUUGGUGUUUUUACGGUACGAGAAUCGAAUUAUAGGCGGGACACCGCCAGUGUUGACCUGCCGCACUCUGCGAAUAUCGUAGUCCAAAUGACAGCAAGCCGGGUCUUUCUCACUCCGCCCUACAGCUGGGAAGUCGGUCAAGUCGGUCUCCUCGCAUUGGCAGGCUUUAUCGGUGCCGUGAUCGCGUUUUUCGCUGGCGGCAAACUCAUCGACCUCCUGUCCGCGCGCAUGACAAAGGCCAAUGGCGGCGUCAGAGAGCCUGAAUUCCGGUUGCCCGCGCUGAUCAUACCAGCUGUUAUUGGUCCCAUGGGGGUUCUGACAUUUGGCAUCUGCUCAGCUCGUCGAUUAGGUUGGGUCGGCGCGGCCUUCGGGUAUGCGAUGCAGGGCUUUGGGUUGACGGCUCUCUCGAAUAUUGUGGUGACUUAUGCGGUGGAUAGUUACCAGCAUGUCGCUGGCGAAGCCCUAGUCAUCGUUUUCGUCGUCCGGAAUACCAUCGCAAUGCUCCUGGCCCUAUACACGGUCGACUGGCAGCAAGCAACAGGCGCAGAAAACCGGCACCCAGACCUAUCUACUCGAUUCUCACGAUCCUACGAUUACCGGCGAGCUCAAUGCGAAGACAUGAAGAUGAUCACAACGUGGUUUAACUUCCUCCAAAGUACGAUCAUAAAAUACGGCAUUCAUGAGGAGGAUAUCUACAAUUUCGACGAGACUGGCUUCGCUCUCGGCCUUACAGCUACUGCAAAAGUUGUGACAAGAACUUCCUACGGUCGGCGAUCUCUUUUACAACCUGGAAAUCGCGAAUGGGUGACGACAAUUGAAGCAAUAAGUGCGUCGGGGUACGCCUUACCGCCAUGCGUCAUUUUUAAGGGCAAGGUCUUUAUGAAGGCCUGGUUCGGCGAUACAGACCUACCAGCGACCUGGCUUUUCGCAGUUAGUGAAAAGGGAUGGACUACGGAUUCUAUCAGCCUUGAAUGGCUUCAAAAGGUCUUUAUUCCAUCGAGUAUAGGCCGUACGAAAGGAGUAUAUCGUCUUCUUGUCCUCGACGGACAUGGCAGCCAUCUUACGCCUCAAUUCGACGAAAUCUGCGCUCAAAAUAAUAUCAUCACGAUCUGUAUGCCAGCGCAUUCAUCCCACCUUUUACAGCCUCUCGAUAUCGGCUGUUUUGGGGUGUUAAAGCGGGCUUAUAGUGAAGUGGUUGAGUCCCAGACAAGGGUUGGCAUCCACCGCGUCGACAAAAAUGACUUCUUAGAGGCUUACACAAAGGCCCGAAUCAAAGCAUUUACAGAGAUCAACAUUGUGAAUAGCUUCGCCAGCGCUGGUAUCAGGCCAUUCGACCCGCAGCGCGUCAUUUCGAAGCUCGACAUUCGUCUAGCCACCCCUCCAAGACCACCAAGCAACAACAGCGAUUCAAGCCGCAAUUGGACCCCGAAGACGCCGUAUACAGUCAAGGAAGCGAAGAGACAGGCAUCAUCUAUUAAGAAGCUUGCUUCCAAUAACCCAGCGCGUCUAGAAGAGGCUCUAGAUCAGAUGGAGAAAGGCUGCCAGCUCGCUAUACAUAGCUUCAUGAUCGCGAGGCAGCAAAUUAGCGAUUUACUCGCCGCCAAUGCGAAGACCACGCGUAAAAAGCGGCGUACAAAGGCUCGAAUGGCUAAUAAUGGUGCUCUAUUAGUAUCAGAGGCUAUAGAGCGCGUGGGUGGACCAGGGCAGGUGGAAGAAGCUAUACAUGAGGAACCCGGCGGCUCAUCCCCGACGCCGAAUCCGACCAAUGAGAGACGCCCACAGCGAUGCAGUCUCUGUAAAACGCCUGGACAUAAGAGAAAUCGGUGCCCAGAGAGGUCCGAAUAG